CAUUUAACAAAUAGAAAAUGAUGAAAAGAAUUUUGUCUGAUGAAAGAUUCUGCCCUCCUACUAUGUUAAUACACCCUUGAACUAUAUAUUAUUGCUUCUUGUAAUUGUAAACAAUUAGAAUUUGAUCUACGGAUCACAACCUUUUCUUUUCCUUAAUUUUCUGCCUUCAGGGUUGGACCUGCUGUGAUAAAUUAAGCUACACUAUUUGGGUUGCCAGGGAUUCAGAUUUUUGAGUUCACCAGAAUUGAAACAUAUAUAAAUUAUAUUGUACAUCUUAUUUUGUGUCAUUUAAAUCAUCCAGCUCGAUCAGGAAAGAAAAAAUUAUUAUGGGAACCUCCAUCCGCAGUUCUAGACAAUCGAACGAGACUAUGAGGUUAAUAGUAACAACUUUUAUCAGUGUUGUGCUUGGUUUCUUUUUAGGAGUUUCCUUCCCGACCAUUUCAUUGACCAAGAUGAACCUUCCGUCCACUCUACUUUCCUCCAUUGAUCUUGGUUACAUAGAGGACAAGUACUCAGGCCUCUCUUCGCAGUUACUUUUGAAUGUUUGGUCUUCCAUAAGGCUUAAUAAGGGUAUAUCAUUGCAUGAACCUGAGGAUGCAAAGAUUUGGGUUCCAACAAAUCCUCGAGGUGCUGAAAGGCUGCCCCCAGGUAUAGUUACAUCCGAGUCUGAUCUGUACCUCCGCAGAUUGUAUGGUAGACCUGCUGAGGACUUGACUAUCAAACAAAGGUACCUUGUAACAUUUACAGUUGGUUAUGAGCAGAAGGACAACAUUGAUAAAGCAGUGAAGAAGUUCUCAGAAAACUUCUCCAUUAUGCUGUUUCAUUACGAUGGUCGGACAACUGAAUGGAAUGAAUUUGAAUGGUCAACGAGGGCUAUACAUGUCAGUGUUCCGAAACAAACUAAAUGGUGGUAUGCAAAACGAUUUUUGCAUCCUGACAUACUGGCACCUUAUGACUAUAUAUUCAUCUGGGAUGAGGAUCUUGGAUUGGAGGACUUUGAUGCUGAAAGGUACAUAAGCCUGGUCAAGAAGCAUGGUUUAGAAAUUUCCCAGCCGGGUUUAUCAGCAAAUAGCGGACUAACAUGGCAAAUGACAAGGAAACAAAAUGAUAGCGAAGUGCACAAAGAAGCUGAGGAAAGAGAUGGGUGGUGCGCUGAUCCACAUCUACCACCAUGUGCAGCAUUUAUUGAGAUAAUGGCUCCUGUUUUCUCACGAAGCGCUUGGCGUUGUGUUUGGCAUAUGAUCCAGAAUGACUUGGUCCAUGGAUGGGGUCUUGAUUUUGCUCUUAGAAGAUGUGUGGAGCCCGCGCACGAGAAAAUAGGAGUUGUAGAUGCACAGUGGGUUGUUCAUCAAACUGUUCCUUCACUUGGGAACCAGGGAAAGGCCGAGAAUGGAAAGGCAGCAUGGGAAGGGGUGAGAGAGAGAUGCAAGAAAGAAUGGACAACAUUUCAAAUGCGGAUGAACUUAGCAGAAAGAGCAUACCUGAAGGCGAAUUGAAUGCAUCAAACUUAGUCUGCAAGCAGUUAGGGGAGUUGUAUUUGUUCCAAAUCUUUUUGUAUUUAAGUUUAAUACGAUGUUAAAGAUUUAUCUCUAAAUAUACUCGUAUAUACCAGUGUCUUAUCUUAUGCCACAAAGCAUCAUUAUGCUGAGUGUAAACUUCCAGGUAAUUUAAUUAUUCUUUACUUGCCA